AUGAAUAACAGCCAUCCUGAAGAGUUUGUUCUACUAGGCUUUGCAGAUCGUCCUUGGCUGGAGCUUCCUCUAUUUGCUAUUCUUCUUGUAACAUACCCCAUGGCCCUGGUAGGAAACACGGCCAUCAUUCUGGUGUCCAGGUUAGAUGCCCGUCUGCACAGCCCCAUGUAUUUCUUCCUCACCAACCUCUCCUUCCUGGACAUGUGCUACACCACAAGCAUCGUCCCUCAGAUGCUGUUUAACCUGGGAAGCACCAAGAAGACGAUCAGCUAUGUGGGGUGUGCAGCUCAGCUUUAUUUCUUCCACACAAUGGGGGGCACAGAAUGUCUGCUUCUGGCUAUUAUGUCUUUUGAUCGCUACCUGGCUAUCUGCAAGCCUCUACACUACACCCUCAUCAUGAACCCACGCAUCUGUAUCCUGCUGGCAUCCACUGUGUGGUUGACUGGAAUCACGUAUGCUGUCUCAGAGGCCACUGCUACCUUGCCGUUACCACUGUGUGGACUCAAUAAAUUGGACCACUUGCUGUGUGAGAUUCCUGUUCUGAUAAAGGCUGCCUGUGGAGCAAAGGCUGCUAAUGAGCUCACACUCUCUGUGGUGUGUAUUUUUAUGUUAGCUGUCCCGCUAGGCUUAAUUCUUGCUUCCUAUGCUUGCAUUGGACAUGCCGUAUUUAAAAUUAAGUCUUCUGAGGGAAGGAAAAAGGCCUUUGGAACAUGUUCUUCCCAUCUCAUUGUAGUUUUCUUGUUUUAUGGUCCAGCCAUUAGCAUGUACCUUCAGCCCCCCUCCUCCAUCUCAAGAGACCAGCCCAAAUUCAUGGCGCUCUUCUAUGGAGUAGUGACCCCUGCGCUGAACCCUUUUAUCUACACCUUGAGGAAUAAGGAUGUAAAGGAGGCAUUAGGCAACCUAGUCAGGGGCAUUUUUGCAUCCAAGUGA